ACAACUUGUGGCGUCGUGGCGUGGUUUGUUUUGUUUAUGGUUUGUCCCUUUUGUACUUUUGUCCUUGCUUUUGUCCCACCCUUUGUCCAGAGUCCAUUUUCAGAGUAGCCAACAUUGAUAUGACGUCACGACUAUUAUAUAACGGUCCAUUGACCAUUAUAGAUGCAAUGGAAUGAAGGCCAAUAUCAGAAGUCAGAAGAGAAGAAGAACUAAAAAAUUUAAGGCUGUCAAAACUCUUGGUUUAUUUCAAAAACCUACUCUGUUGGAUAAAGGUGUAGCUGCUUUACUUCCAGAAGCGUACAAAAAAUUUUACAAGGAAUGGAGAUUUGCUCAACCUACUGCUGUUCAUUAUGUACCAGAAUCUGGAAAUUGGAAAAGAAAUGAUGUAACAGGUGAAGUAUUUCCUGUUCAAAAUAUUCCAAUUCCUGUACAUUUUCCAAAAGAAUCAAGUUCACAUAUAUGGGGUGGAGAGGGUGUAGUGCAAGGCUUUGAAAAGCGAAAUAAAUUUAAGAGAAGAGUUCCUCAUUUUUGGGUUCCACAUUUAAAGAGAUCAGUAGUUUAUUCGGAAGUUUUAAAUAAACACAUCUCAGUUAUAAUCACAGAUAGAGCAAUUUCUUUGAUCAAUGCACACUAUGGAUUUGAUCACUACUUAUUGAAGUCACCAGCUUGCGAUCUUCAAUCAUUAUUAGCACUGAGUAUAAAAAGAAAAAUUCUUCAAGAACUUGAAAAUGGUUGCCCUACUUAUGCAAAUAGACCUGAAAAGCAGAAGGAGAUAUUGGAGCAAUACGAAAAAUAUUUAAGCGCGUAUACAUCUGAAGAAAUUGAGUGGUAUGGUUAUUCAUUGACAGAAGCCUGUAAGCGACUUCAACGACAAAUGGAAGCAGAAGAAAAAGCCAAAGUAGUUCCUUUAAAACACGUAUUUAGGGCUGAACUGAUAGAAAAAUUGAAAGCUGCUUCUUUAAGUGAAUCAAAUGAUCAAUUAAAACAAUUAGAGGAAAGCGGAUCAGCAACAUCAUGGCUCCAGAAAAUGAAUCCGUUUGGAAAGAAACACGAAACAUGAAAAUCAUCAAUUGGGUUUAGUUAUGUAUAGUCAAAUUUAAUAAAAUACAUUAAAUAUACAGAA